UGAGCUUGACACCUGUGCACCUUUCCCUACCUCCACAGGCCUCCUCCCUCCUCUCAACUAACCACCUACAAGUUUGACAGCUCAGCUCUUUUAGUGCUCAGACGCAGAGACGCAGCAGCAGCAGCAGCAGACAGCUGGACUCUCCCUCACUGGACUUUCCUCUUUUGUCUUCCUCCCAGUUUGUGUCUUUUUUGUUGGUAUGUGUGCGGUUUGCGUCUCCUGCUGGCUAUGAGGAAUAUCAUGUGUUCCUAGGUUUGGUCACUUUUCCCCGUCGGACCUUUUUUUAUAUAUUUUUUUAGGCUGGUGUCGUGUUUUUUUUUUUUUCUUUAUCGGGCGUCGCGAGAGAAUAAGUUAAACAUGUCGCGGAGCGCGGAGGAGGUGAGCAAGCUCACUGAAAGUACAUACAAGAGUGUGAUGGACCAGUUCAACCCAGGACUGAGGAAUCUGGUCAACCUGGGCAAAAGCUAUGAGAAAGCAGUGGCUGCGAUGAUCCUGGCGGGAAAGUUGUAUUUUGAUGCUUUGUCUAAGAUUGGGGAGAACGCUGCAGUGUCUCCUGUCUCCAGAGAAUUAGGUGUAGUGCUGAUGGACAUCUCAGAGGUCCACAGGAAGGUUAAUCUCGAGCUGGAAGAAAAUUUUAAGAGGUUCCACAGGGAGAUCAUAUCCGAGCUGGAGAGAAAGACCGACAUGGAUGUCAAAUACAUGACAGCUACAUUUAAGAGGUACCAGGUGGAGCACAAGAUGAAGCAGGAGUCUCUGGAGAGGUCCCAGUCAGACCUGAAGAAGCUGAGGAGGAAGAGCCAAGGCAAGAACGCCAACAAGUACGAGAACAAGGAGAGCGAGUGCUUGGAAACAUUGACAAACCGUCAGAUGGACAUGCAGUUGUUCAUCGCAGAUGGCUGUAAGGAGGCUCUGCUGGAGGAGAAGAGACGCUUCUGUUUCCUGGUGGACAAACACUGCAUGUUCUCCUACCAGUUUGCUUCCUUUCAUGACAAGGCCAGAGACAUGCUGAUGGCAAAGCUGAACAGCUGGCAGGACCAGUGCAACGACGCCACCAACAUGCCUGAAAGUGUCUUGUCGAUGAUCGAGGGACUGCGCACGGCUGUCCCCGUCACACCUCUGCCCUCUCCGUCCCCGUCACGGCACAGUGUGAACAUGUCUGCUCCGCCGGCCCCACCUCUGAAGGCUCAGUCCAGUCCUCUGGCUAACAUGUUCACCCAGGAGAACAACACCACCACUGUCACCAGCACUACAAACAGCAUAGACCACGGGAACAGUGAGGAGAACAAUCUUGCCAGGUCUGUGUCUGUCGCCACUGGCCUCAACAAUAUGGUGAAGAGGCCACGUGUGCGCACCAUCUUCCCCCACACUGCCGGCAACAACAGCACGCUGCUCAGCUUUGACGAGGGAGACGUCAUCAUCCUGCUCAUCCCCGACGAGAGAGACGGGUGGAUGUAUGGCGAGCUGGAGAAGAAUGGAAAGAGGGGCUGGUUCCCUUCGUCAUACUGCCGUGCACUCUCCGAGCCUCUCGUGAAUAACAACAGUGUGUCUGCUGCCCCGUACCGCAGUAGAAGUGUUGUCAACCUUCACCAUCAGGACACGGAGACAGACGAGGCCACCAUGGUGCUCCCCCCAGCGGACUACUGUGACACCCCACAGCUCAAUGCCAUCAAGAACAAUACCAGCGCCGUCACCACAAACAACAACCACCACCACUCCCCGACGCCCUCUGCAGCCUCCUCCACCUCGUCUGAUCACAUGGCAGCGCAGCCAAACGGCACCUCAAGACCUACGCCUGCUUACCUAGCGGGAGGGAACCCAUUCGCCACCAUCCGGCUACGUCCAACCGUUACCAACGACCGCUCUGCACCCGUCAUCUGAUCGGUCCACGUUUCCACACAUCCUCCGUCCCCACAACAUCUCGUCAACCUUCCUGUGUCCUCCACCUGUGACGUGCAGCUCCGCCCUGCCUUUACUGUCCAGCAGCUUCUCCUGGUCUCUUUGAAACACACACAGAACUUGGCCAGCAUCAAGAAGAUUUAAAAAAAAAAAAAAUGCCAUUUGAAUCUGGGAUCCUUCACUGCUGCAAACUCACAUGGAAGUAUUUUGGGACCGUUUUAUUUUACAGAACAGAUGGUCAUAUAUUUAAUAUAUAUAUAUAUAUAUUUUCUAUGUCUAUUUUUGUCCCUCUGUUUGUGGUGGUGAUGUUUAAAUGACCACAGUCUUUACCUGCACUUGAGAAAUGGAUGAAUAAAAAUGGUCAAAGAAAAU